UGUUAUCUGGACGGCUGCUGCCAGGGUCCAUUUCCAAUCCGGGCCUGACGUGCGAUUCUCCUCGUUCUCCUCCCAGACAGUCCAGCGGAGGAGUGUGGGCUGAAGUCGGGCGACCGCAUCCUCUUCCUGAACGGGCUGGACAUGAGGAGCUGCUCCCACGAGAAGGUGGUGUCCAUGCUGCAGGGCAGCGGCGCCAUGCCCACCCUGGUGGUGGAGGAGGGGCCGGCGGACUUCUCCUCGGAGCAAACGGAGCCGGACGAGCCCCCGAGUCUGGCCCCCACCACUCUGCCUCGCUCUCGGUCUCCGGCUCUCAGCUCGCUCCAGUGGGUGGCGGAGAUCCUCCCUCCGAGCAUCAAAGUUCACGGCCGGACCUUCAGCCAGCAGCUGGAGCAUCUGCUCACCAUCCAGGAGAGAUACACCGUCUGCAAAGCUCUGGAGACCUUCUUCCAGCACCGGUGAGAGAACACGGCUAGAACAGGUUCACCAGGAGAGGGAUCGACCGCGGAGGAACGUUGAUCCCAGAGUCCAGAGGCCGACUGUAGUUUUUAUGUUCAUUUCUUAAGAACUUCUCAUGAAAACAGAUGAACUCGUCACGAUGUCACUCGUUUGUUUUGUUCGUCCUGCUUUAUCCACAAACAUUACAGAGCUAAACGUUGGAAAAUCUUAGUUACAGUAUAUGGAAAUGUUUAUUUUUGUUUGUAAGUCAGUCUCAAAGACGACGUUUAGCACAAAGCAGCAGAUCCCAGCGUGAGCGAGACGCUGUGGUCAACUUCAUGACACGGAGUCUGUUCUUGAGAUUUUUAAAA